AUUUCCCGGUUUUCCCGAUUUUCCAUUCCGCCGAUAAUUUUAAGCCGCAAAACCAUGUUCACCGUAGUUCCUUCACGAUUCCAAGGGUUGAAAAUAGAAGGUGAUGAAGAUGAGUUCCGGAAACCAAAGCAAAAGUCGAAACCGGCCGCCGCCGCCGCCGUGAAGAGCGGAACCACCAAACAACAACCACAAAAGAAACAAAAACCGAAACCACCAAAGAACAAAGGCCCGAACGAGGCGGAACAGAACGAGCAGUGGUCCAAGUGGCAGCAAAAGGACACGGAGAUUUUGGAGAAGAGCUACAUGAACGACCUCGAACAGGCGCUGCUACAGUCAAAGCUGGACUUUGAGGCCAACAAGAAAAAGUAUGAUCAAGCCGAAAAAGAUGCUAAACAACAGUCCGCCGCUGCCAAACCACGCAAACCGAAAACGCUCUCGUUGCACGAGUUUCAGGAAAAGGUAGAUAACGAUAUGAAGCAAAAGGAACAGCAGCGGCAGCGGAAACAGGUGGAGGCUGAGUACAACAAGAACUACACGUUCUUCGAACAAAUCGAUCUGGAAACGAAGCAAAUCAUCAACAAGGAACAGAUGAAGGCACUGUUUCAAACCAAAGAUAUCUCGGCAGUGGCAAACGGCGAGAAGAGCGCUUCCAAGAAAGGCGGAAAACGCGCGAAUCCCAACCAAACUCCCAGUGAGGUGGAUCUGUUGAAGGCGGAAAACAAGGAGCUCAAAGAACAACUGUAUCUACUAAGCUUUGAGCUCAAAAACGUGGCCUGCAAGCUGUCGAGUGCGGAAAUGAAGGAGAAGGAAGAGCUGCUACUUGAGAUUGAACAGCUGAAGCGUGUGCAGGAAGACAUGACGGCCGAAAUGACCGCUCUCUACGGUGAACUGGAGCAAGCCAAAUCCAGAUCGAACCAGGACGCCAAGUUCAAGGAUAAGACUAAGCCACGCAAAGUCGGCCAUUCCGGAAAUGGGACGGAACAGCAGUCUACCGGCAACUAGAGCUGAGUAGCGCUGUUUGGCGUAUUUUUAGUAACUUUUGUAAACUCGAAUCUCAUAAUCUGUGAAAUUGAAAUGAUCUUGAAGUAAUAAAGAAGUCUUCGGCAUGCAAAAGCUAC